AUGGCAGAGGAAUCUGAGCACGCAGACUUGGAGGCCGACGAGGGGCUGGCGACCCUCGAGAAAGAUUUGUCCCAAGAUGAAGAUUCAUGCAGUGAUUGUAGCAAGCACGAUCAGCCAGGAACUAGUUUACAAAGUUUUGUGCUAGAAGGAAAAACCCUUUUCCCGGAAAUGUUUCAAACAAAUCAUCUUUUAUUUUAUGAACGAUUCAGAGCCUAUCAAGAUUACAUUUUAGCUGAUUGCAAGGCCUCUGAGGUAAGAGAAUUCACAGCUGAGUUCUUGGAGAAGGUCCUUGAACCAUCUGGAUGGCGGGCAGUCUGGCACACUAAUGUGUUCGAGGUGCUGGUUGAGGUCAUAGAUGUGGACUUCGCAGCCUUGAAGGCAGUGGUGAGGCUAGCCGACCCUUACCUCUGCGAAUCUCAAGUGAGCACAUUUACCGUGGAGUGUAUGAAAGAGCUCCUCCAGCUGAAGGAACAUCAGUUACCUCUGCAGGAGCUGUGGGUGGUAUUUGAUGAUUCUGGAGUAUUUGACCAGACAGCACUUGCUAUCGAGCAUGUCAGGUUUUUCUACCAAAACAUUUGGAGGAGUUGGGAUGAAGAAGAAGAGGAUGAGUACGAUUAUUUUGUCAGAUGUGUUGAACCUCGAUUGAGAUUGCAUUAUGACAUUCUUGAAGACCGAGUUCCUUCAGGACUUAUUGUUGACUACCGUAAUCUCUUGUCGCAAUGUGAAGAGAGUUACAGAAGAUUUUUAAAUCUGAGAAGCAGCUUGUCAAACUGUGACUCUGAUUCUGAGCAGGAAAACAUCUCUAUGGUAGAAGGUUUAAAAUUGUAUUCAGAGAUUGAACAGUUGAAACAGAAGCUAAAACUCAUUGAGAAUCCUUUGUUGAGGUACGUGUUUGGUUACCAGAAGAAUUCUAACAUCCAAGCAAAGGGAGUUCGUCCAAGUGGUCAGAAGGUCACCCACGUGGUCUCGUCUGUCAUGAUGACUGGUCUGCUGCAUUCCCUGGUUAGGGACAGACUUUGUCAGGAGCCCUGUGAGGAAGAAAUAGAAAUUCAGUUCCAUAGUGAUCCUCUGUCUGCCAUAAAUGCUUGUUAUGAAGGCGAUACUGUUAUCGUUUGUUCUGGUCAUUAUGUGGUACAUGGCUCAUUCUCCAUUGCUGACUCCAUUGAGUUGGAAGGAUAUGGUCUACCAGAUGAUAUUGUAAUAGAAAAGAGGGGCAAAGGAGACACUUUUGUGGAUUGUACAGGUGCAGAUAUUAAAAUCUCAGGCAUAAAAUUUGUUCAGCAUGAUGCUGUAGAAGGAAUCUUAAUCAUUCACCGUGGCAAGACUACAUUGGAAAACUGUGUACUACAGUGUGAAACUACAGGAGUCACAGUACGAACAUCAGCAGAAUUUCUAAUGAAGAACUCAGAUUUAUAUGGUGCCAAGGGUGCUGGUAUUGAAAUCUAUCCUGGGAGUAAGUGCACGCUGAGUGGCAAUGGGAUCCACCACUGCAAGGAAGGUAUUCUCAUAAAGGAUUUCUUAGAUGAACAUUAUGACAUGCCCCGAAUAUCUAUGGUGAAUAACGUCAUUCAUAAUAAUGACGGUUAUGGUGUUGUCUUAGUGAAGCCUACAAUUUUCUCUGACCUGCAAGAAAAUGCACAAGAUGGAACUCAAGAAAAUAAAACACUUAAAAUGCAGACAAAUGAAGAGACAGAGGCACCCGAAAGAGUGGAUAUAGAAGAGCUGAUUCAGUGUGCGGCUGGUAAAAUGGAGCGUGAUGUCAAAUCUGACCUUUCUGAGCAAGUCGAAGGCAACUGUGAAAUUGUAAAUGAAUUGGUUGCAGCGUCCACACAAAAAGGCCAGAUGAAGAAGAAAAGGUUGAGUGAAUUGGGGAUCACGCAAGCUGAUGACAACUUAAUGUCACAGGAGAUGUUUGUUUCAAUUGUGGGGAACGAGUUCAAGUGGAAUGGGAAAGGGAGUUUUGGCACCUUUCUUUUCUGACCACUGUGAUGCGCACAAAGAGCAAAACAUGGAAUUUUGCACACGCUGCCCCAGUAAUCACUGCUGCUACUGUAGUUGGCUUUGGGUUUUAUUUUACAUUUGAUAUAUUUGAUUGGGUUUUAGUGAAAUGUAAAUUAAUUCUAUCUGCCUAUGUUGCACAUGAAAUAUUUUCUGUUUAAAGAAAGGUUAUAAAAACAUAUAAAAUAGAAAAUAUUUGGAGAUUUCUUAUCUCUAAACUCUUGCUUUCCUAGACGGUUCUUUCAUAUUAAACCUACUAGUAACUUUCCAGUGUAGACACGCUUUAAUCUAGCACUUCAGAAAGGAGAAAGAAGGGCAGGGAACACAAGAUAAAUGGCCCCCAAAUGCAGUAGGUGUCAAAUGUGCAGUUCUUACAGUUGUGGGUUUUUUUUUUUUUUAAUCCCAAUUAUAAGAAGUCUGAUUUUCAUGCUGUAUUUGCAUACUUGUCUUAAAAUAAAAGCUUUUAUGAUUGGGAGGUUAUCUGCCUAAUCAGACUUAUUAUUGAGAAUAUGAGUGGGAUGCAUUUUUAUGUUGAACUGUGUAAUCAUCAAAACAGUCAUAGAUAGCAUUACAGGUUUGAAUCAGAAAUGAAAAAUGUUAUUCAGAUUCAAUGCAUAUGUAGAGCAUUUUCACUGUUUCUGAAUAGGAAUGAUUGAAAAGAAGGUGCUGGCUGGAGAGAGCUAAAAGGGCUGAUUGCAUGUUUUGCAUGGGACAAUCCUGGUUUUGAUAUCUAGCUCUACAUGAGUCCCCAAGCACAAAAUCUGGAGUAGUCCUCAAACCCCCAUUAGGUGUGAUCCACACACACACACACACACACACAUACA